AUGGAUAGUGAAAAGGCCGCCGAUAUUUUACCUGAUGCACAAUUAACACAUCCACUUUUAAAUGUUGGGGGUACACAUAAUAUUCGUAAAGUAUUUAGAGUAUGGACUUCUUUAAAUUCUCAACAACCUGACAUUAAAGAUUAUCCAAUAUUUGAUGGCUACGUUGCUAUAAUUCAUUUGAUUCAACAUUUACGUCCAAGAUUUUUUCCAUUUUUUCAUUUUGAGAUUCCUUCAGUGACCGUGCUCAGACUCCGUGAAGAUGAAGAUACUGGGUUAUUGUAUAUUUAUAAACAAGAGGAUAAUUGGACACUUGAAGGUCUUAUUCAAAGUGUCCCGAUUGUUAAUUGGUGGUAUGAGAAAGUAGUUCGUUACAUUAUGGGUGAGUUGAUUACGAGUGCUGGCGAUUUCUUAUACACUGCAAAUACUGCCACUUCUCGAUUAACCGAUAGAGCAGGUGAAUUCAGAGAUACUAGCAAUAUCGCCAUAGAACAAGGUCAAAUUAGAGCUAGAUCUAUGGUUAACGGUUUAAGUGAUAGUGUAAGAUCUCAAUUACAAAUUGCUCAAGAAGGUGUGCUAAAUCAAUACAAUAAAAAAAUCAAAAAAGAAAUCGAAAGUUUGGCAGCUCAAUGUAUCAAGCAAGAUCCAUCAAACUCUGAACCUUGCAUUCUGUUCGCUUCACUUCUAACUGACAGUUUAUCUGAUACAACUAAAUAUUCCGUCAAAGAACAAUCUGAAUUACUUGAUCAUAUAAAAAAUCUAAUUAUUCCAUUAGAUGAUGGAAAUGGAAACUAUGAAAAAGUAAAUUCUUUUGAUUUUUUUUUAAAAAAAAGAAUAUUAUUUUACAAAUUAAAAAUAGCGCCAUAUUUAUCACUUGAUCAAUCAGAUAUUACUGACAUCAGAUUUAUAAUAUCACAAGAAAUUAUUAAUAGCAUUGCUCAAUAUAACAAUCCUCGAGAAACCCAUUUAUUGAUUUUAGAAAGAUUUAGAUUGGCCAAAGCUUUAGGAAUUGUACUUGAUAAAUUAGAUAGAAAAAAUAUUAUAAAAUUUUUACCAGAUACUAUUAGUAAUUUUGCUAAAAUAUGGAGAAUAAUAAUACCUGAAUUAAAUGAUGAUAAUAAGAUAAAUGACUCUUUAAUUGAAAAUUGUAUUAAACUCACUGAAUCAAUAUCCAGAUUUGUUGAUUCAAAUAACAAAGAUUUAAAGCUUACUUCAACACCAAAAGAUUUAUCAAGUCAAGAAUAUUAUUUAAUCAAUUAUAUUUUGAUGAUUGCUUUUGAAAAUUUCAUCAUUUAUUCCACUCAUAUACCAAUGUCAUCUACUUAUUAUGAAAUGUUUCAUCCUAAAUAUAACAUUCCAUGGAAAAGUAGGCAAAGUGAAAAAAUCAAGUCUAUUGAUAAAAUUAGAUUGAGCAGAUUAUUGGAUGCAUCUUUUAAAGCAAAUAUUUCAAUUGAUAAUUUAGUCAAUUACUUCAAUAAUUCAACAGGUAGUAGUAAGGAAUAUAAAGAUGUUAAGAAUGAUGACAAUGAAGGAUUUUCCACAAAAAAUUUUCCUAUAUCGAAAGAAGGAACAAUAUUAUAUUUGGCAUCAAUAAUUUUAUAUCAAUUUAUGCCUCUAGAUGAUGAUAAUGAUAAAAACAAACCCAAGAAAAAAGAAAUACCAAUAGCUCCUGAAUGGUUAUUCAAAAAAAUUUGUCCUUUGAUUAUAUCUUCUUUAACAAGUGAUGAAAAUAAAUCAGGAAUGGCAGAUAAAAUUCUAUUAAUACUUAUUUAUUUGAGUGAAAGAAAUGAAGAAAAUAUGUUUACUAUUGGACAUUUGGAAGCAAAAUUGGCAAAAGAUGGGAGUAAUUUAUUUAUGGUUUUUCAAUCUGUUGUUUCUUUUGCUUCAACUUCACCAAACGAAUCAUUAAGAUUCAUUGCACAUCAACUAAUAAUUUCUCUGAUUGGUUUAUGUAAAGAGGAUGCAAAAAUGUAUUUAUUAAACGAAUUAUUGGUGAAUUGUCCAUUUGAAUCAAUGAAAAGUGCUGCAAUAUGGAUGAUUAAAGAAAUUGUGGCAAAGAAUUUGGAUAAAGCUUAUAAUAAAGAAAAUAUUUCAAGAGACGAGAAUGAGAAGGAAUUUUAUUCAAUAUUUUCUAGCAAGUUACUUGUUGAAGGGUUUUUUCAAAAUAUCUUUUUUUUUAAAUUCAAUGAUUUAGAAAACGAAUCAGACUUUUUUGAUAAACGUAGUUUUAUCAUGAAUGGUCUAAAUUUCUUAUUAUUUUUACUAAUUAGAGAUAAAAACAAUUUGACUGGUGUCUGGGAUUCUAACCUAAUAGAUAAAAUAAGUAAAGAAUAUUUGCAACCAAUCGAGAAUAAGUGUAAAUCAUUGGAAAUCAAUUAUCAAAAAAGAUCUAAUGAAUUAAAUGAAAUUCUAAAAGAUAAACUUCAAAAUGGUGAUUAUGAAAAUGACGAAAAUAAAAUAAAUCAAAAAGAAGAUUCUUCAGUGAUAGAAAUAGGUUUAAAAAUUGAUGAAAUAACCAAUUUAAAUCCAUUACAAGAAUAUCAGUUAUUGAGCCAGAAGUUAUUUGAUUUAUAUCUAUUAGAAGAUAAAACCAAGAGAAUACAAGAAAUAUUGAGUAACAAAAAUUCUUAA